AUGGGCAAGUCAGGUAUCAAAGUGACGCCAGAGGAGAGAGCACAACCAGAGGCUGAGGGAUUCAUGGUCAAGACAGACACAAGUGCCAAGUCAAAGAAGAGAAGAUGGUUCGUACUCAAGGGCUCAAAGCUGUUCUAUUUCAAGAACAAAGGUGACCUUUACAGCAAGGGUGUUAUAGAUCUUGACGAUAAAUCAACUGUAAAGACAGUUAAUCCAAAGGAGUUUCAGAUUAUUACACCAAAGAGAUUGUAUCCUAUAUUGACUGAGGCACCAGGCGACACGACAACGUGGGUCGAGGCAAUCCAGAGGAAUAUUAUGACUCUGAUCGGACUCAAAUCACCACAGGAGCCAACCGUCAGACCAAUCUCAAUCAUCAUGCCAGCCACCACCAGUGCCGUCGCCGUCACUCCAGUGGUCGCCUUGCAACCUCAGUCGUCUGUGGCCACUGCUGAGCCAACAAAGUCUGGCUCCACCCCACCAAAGACCGGGACCACUCCACCACAAUCCGCCGAAGUUGCAACAGCUGUCGCCCAACCAGCCGUUGUGUCCGCCGUUCAGUCAGGACCAGCAUCGGGCAACAACAGUCCAGUGAUUCAGCCGCAAAAUGGAGUCCAAGCUCGUCCACUGAGUGAUGGUCCAAGCCCUGCUACAUCGUCACCAUCUCCAAAGCAAGACCAGGGACCCCCACCCUUGGGUGCACCUCAACUGCGACGUCCACAGUCAUUCAUAGUCAACAACAAUGGUGGACAGCCGCAACAAGUGUUGCCACCAAUCCAAAAUCUGACUCUAUCACCUGGUGGACCUGCUGCUAAUGGACCAGCUAAUGGACCUGUUGGCGGACCAGCCGGUGGACCCCCACAGAAUCUUCCACCAAGACCAGCCAACAACCAACUCACCACUCCAACCAUCGCAGUCAAGAAGCCUGGCGCGAGUGUUAUUGGUAUCUCACAGCCACAACCACAGCAACCAAUGCAGCCAAUGCAGCCAAUGCAGCCACAGGUACAACAACAGCCACACAUUCAACCACAACAACCCAUGCAACCAAUGCAACCAAUGCAACCAAUGCAGCCACAGCCACAGCCUCAGCCACCACAUCAAAAGCCAGCACCUCCAGCAGCACAGCCUGUUGUUGGUCAACAACCACCACAACAAGCCUAUCCAUCACAACAACAGCAGCCACCUCAGCAGCAUGCUCAACAACAAGUCUACCCUCCACAACAACAACCUUUUUAUCCACCUCAACAACAGCCAGGACAGCCACCAGUCUACCCACCACAACAGCCAGGUCAGCAGCCUGUCUAUCCACCUCAACAACCAGGCUACCCACCACAGCAGCCAGGCUACCCUCCACAACAUCCAGGAUAUCCUCCACAACAACCAAUGCCACAGCCUGUUGCCGCUGGCGGAAAGCCUCCAGCACAGCCACUGCAGCCACAGCAACAGCCACCAGCUCAAGCUGACCCCAACCAACCACCAUACCCAUACCCACCACAACAAUACAUGCCAUAUCCUCCACCAAACGGAGCAGCACCAUACCCAUACUACUACCCCUAUGGACCAUACCCAGGCUAUCCACCAAUGCCACAGCCUGGCCAGGAGAAUGCCAAUCCAGCGGCACCAGUUGCUGGUGCCCCCGGUGUGCCACCCGUAGGUGCACCACAAGGAGUGCCACCUGCUGGCGCACCUGGCGCACCACCCGCCGGUGGAUACCCACCUCAAUAUCCAUACCCAGCAUACCCAUAUCCAGCAUACCCUUAUAACGCACCACCAGCCGGUGGUCAAUACCCACCUCAACAAUACCCAUAUCCAGCUCCACAACAGCCUGUAGCAGCACAAGCACCAGCAGCAGCAGCAGCACAAGCACCAGCCAAAUAA